AUGACCUCCAGCAUGUCAAUGAGGAAUUACUCUGUGGCCCGUCAGCCCUCCUUCUCCUGUCGAUCCCUGAUGGACACCAGCCGAGCUCGCUCACGGGCCUCUGUGUCCUUCACUGCCAGCCCACUGACCCGUUCGGCGUCAAUCGGCCAGGACCUCAAUGGACCAAUCAGCCUCCAGCUCAAUGGACUCCAUGGCAACAGCACGAAUGAGAAGGAAGCCAUGCAGAGUCUCAACAACCGCCUGGCAAACUACCUGGACAAGGUGCGCACACUGGAACGCUCCAAUGCAGACCUGGAGAUGAAGAUUAAGCAGGUGAUGCUUGAUCGCAUUCCCAAAGGUCAUGAUCUGGAUUCAAUGAUGGCUCAAGCUCAUGCUGUUGAGCAAGAGGUGAGAAAGAAGACCUUGGAAAAUGCUCGUCUCAUGUUGGAGAUUGAUAAUGCUAAACUGGCUGCAGAUGACUUCAGAAUCAAGUGGGAGACUGAGCUGGUCAUGUGUCAGUCUGUGGAGCGAGACUGUGUGGCUCUGAAAAAGGCCAAAACCGACCAUGAGCAGAUUAUCGCCACUCUAAGGGGAGACUUGGACAGUCUGAAAGAAGAGCUUUACUUCCUCAAGAAAAACCACGAGGAGGAGCUGGAGCAGAUGAAGUCUCGCAUCGCCAGAGAUGAGGUGAAUGUGGAGGUGGACUCGGCCCGUGGACCAGAGCUGGGAACCAUCCUGUCUGACCUGAGAACCCAGUAUGAGGGCAUCGUUAAGAGGAACAAGGAACAGGCUGAGCAGUGGUACCGCAAGAAGCUGGAGACGGUGCAGAAUGAGGUGAAGCAGAGCAACGAGGCUCUGAGAGGAGCCCAGAGCGAGCUGACCGAGAGGCAGCGCUUCCUGCAGACACUGGAGGUGGAGCUGGAGAGUCUGCACAAACAGAUCGCAGCUCUGGAGGGGAACCAGGCCGAGACGGGUCAGAAGUACUCGUCUGAGAUGGAGCGACUGCAGGCCACUCUGAACCAGCUGGAGGAAGACCUCUCCCAGCUCAGACUGGAGAUGCAACGCACCAAGACUGACUACGAGCAGCUCCUCCGCAUCAAACAGAACCUGGAGAUGGAGAUCGCCACCUACAGGCGCCUGCUGGAGGGCGAGGAAACAGUCAAAGAAGUUCCACCUCCACCAAAGAAGGAGCCUGACGUUCGCACCAGGAAGAUCGUGAAGGUGGUGACUCAGACUAUGAUCAACGGUAAAGUGGUGGAUGAGUCCAGCGAGGUGGAGCAGAUAGAGGAGACCAAAAAGUAAAACAAUAAUGAAGGGGAGUCAGAAAUGUAAAGCAGAGAAUAAUGAGUGGAGUAUCUGAAAAAACAGAUGUAGAAAAGAGAAAGAAAUGAAAGAAAUAUUGCUGUUGUAUAUUCAUUCAUUCAUUCAUUUAUUUGUUUUGAGCAGGAGAAAAAAACUAAACUUUUUAUGUAUACAAG